GUGAGAUACAUCACUCAUGGAUAGAGUCCUCCUCCUUUGUGUGAUACUGCUUUUGGUACGAUGUUACAAUAUGGCUAUCUCAGUUGAUGCAACCAUUCCAAAUAUUGCCACAGAUCAAUCUGCUCUUCUUGCCUUAAAGUCUGGUAUUUCUCAUCCUGACCCUGAUCAUAAUAUUCUAGCGAGCAAUUGGUCCGCCAAUACAUCUGUUUGCAGUUGGAUUGGUGUCACUUGUGGUUCUAAACAUCACCGAGUCAUAGCCUUGAAUCUUUCGUACAUGGGUCUAGAGGGUACCAUUCCUCCACAGAUAGGAAACCUUUCAUUUCUUGUUAGUCUAAGACUAACAAACAAUAGUUUUCAUGGCUCUGUGCCCAAUGAGUUGUCUCGUCUUUACCGGUUGAAAAACUUGGACUUUGGAUUCAACAACUUCAGUGGAGAAAUCCCAUCAUCUUUGGGACUAUUAUCCAAACUUCGAGAUUUGUUUCUAUCAGGCAAUAGAUUCACAGGUGCUAUCCCACAAUCCUUAUCGAACAUGUCUUCCUUGGAAAGGAUUGGUUUGGCCUUCAAUGGGUUCUCGGGUUAUAUACCUUCCUCCCUCUUUAACAUAUCUACCUUGCAAGAUAUUGAUCUUGGAGUAAAUAAGCUUUCGGGCCCGAUGCCUUCUAUUUUGUUUAACAUGCCUUCCCUGCAAUCGAUUGAUCUCUACUCCAACGAGCUCUCAGGGAGACUUCCAACGGAUGCGUUUGAUCAUCUUCCAAACUUACAACGGCUUCAACUUUCUCGUAACAGAUUUUAUGGCGGACUUCCAUCCGCUUUGUUCAGCUGCAGACAACUGCAAUAUUUUUCGGUGUGGGUUAAUCAUUUCACCGGAAGAGUACCGCCGGCAAUCGGAAACUUAACCAUGCUUAGGACUUUGUACCUUGCCGAAAACAACUUUGCUGGUGCAAUUCCGAAUGAAAUUGGUUAUCUACAAAACUUGGAGAAGCUCAAUAUCGGAGACAACCAUUUCUCUGGACCAAUUCCGUUUGAGAUUUUCAAUAUCUCAACAUUACAAAUCAUUGGAAUGCCUUUGAAUAAUUUCUCUGGUCCUCUCCCAUCAAGUCUAGGACUUUUCCUUCCGAAUCUUCAGAGGCUUCUGCUUGGGGGAAAUGAACUCAAUGGAACAAUUCCUAGCUCCAUCUCCAAUGCAUCACAACUCACUCAUCUAGACUUGUCUGCGAACUCAUUCUCUGGCUUCAUUCCAAAUACAAUUGGUAAUUUAGGUCUCCUCCAGUAUAUCAACUUAGAGAUCAAUAACUUGACUAUUGGAUCUCCAGAAAUGAAUAGGCUUUUCUCUUCUUUGUCAAACUGCAUAUAUCUGGAAAUAUUAUCUUUUACAGAAAAUCCACUAAAUGCUAUCCUUCCCAAUUCCAUUGGAAAUCUCUCCACUUCUCUUCAGGAAAUUUUAAUGGGUGGUUGCAAUAUCAAGGGCAGCAUUUUCCAAGAUAUUGGCAAUUUAAGCAGCUUGACAAGUUUGGACUUAGGGAACAAUGAGUUGGUUGGACUGAUUCCCACUUCAUUGGGGAAAUUGGGAAUGAUCCAAGGUUUGUACCUGGAUACUAAUAGAUUGCAGGGUCCCAUCCCAUCAAAUCUUUGUCUUUUAAAGAGCUUGGUUGAUUUAUAUUUAGGAGGCAAUGUGCUAGUUGGACAAAUUCCAGGAUGCAUAAAUAAUCUGACUUUACUAAGAAAGCUCCACUUAGGCUCAAACAAAUUAACUUCUACAAUCGAAUUCUCUAAGUGGCCCCUCUCAUUAGAGCUUGGAAAUUUGAAGGUACUGAGAGAGUUGGAUUUAUCAAACAAUCGAUUAUCAGGUGAUAUUCCGACGACAAUUGGUAGUCUCAAAGAUCUACAUAAUCUCUCCUUAGCAGGAAAUCAAUUAGAAGGUUCAAUUCCUAGAUCAUUUGGUGAUUUGGUAAGCUUGGAGCUCUUGGAUGUUUCCGGUAAUAAUUUAUCUGGAGAGAUUCCCAAAUCCUUAGAAGCACUCAUAUAUCUUAAAUAUCUAAAUGUCUCAUUCAAUAGACUACGAGGAGAAAUUCCUACAAAAGGACCAUUUAUAAACUUCUCGGCUGCAUCAUUUAUGUCAAAUGAUGCACUUUGUGGUGCUCCCCAAUUGCAAGUUCUCCCCUGCAAAAAAGAUGCUUCUCGAUCAAAAACGUUCAGAAUAAGGCAUAUACUAACAUUUUUACUACCUGCAGUUGGAUUAACAUUAAUACUUGUGGCAGCAUCCCUUGUAUUAAUCUCAAAAAAAGGCCAAAAGAAGUCAACAGGUUCGGUAGACUUGUCUCCUUUAGCACCAUGGAGAAGAGUUUCUCACCAAGAGCUUCUGCGAGCAACAGAUGGGUUUAAUCCAAAUAAGUUGAUUGGAGAAGGGAGCUUUGGGUCUGUGUACAAAGCAACAUUCUUGGAUGGUAAGAAUUUUGCAAUAAAAGUUUUGAAUUUGCAAAUAGAAGGGGCAUUUCAUAGCUUUGAUGUAGAGUGUGAAGUACUAAGUAAUAUUCGUCAUCGGAAUCUUGUCAAAAUCAUUAGUGCUUGCAGUAAUAUCGACUUCAAAGCCAUUGUAUUGGAAUAUAUGCCUAAUGGGAACUUGGAGACUUGGCUUUAUUCUGAUGACCACUUUUUGAGUAUGUUACAAAGGCUAAACAUAAUGAUUGAUGUGGCAACAGCACUAGAAUACCUUCAUUUCGGCUACUCGAAAACUAUUGUGCACUGUGACUUGAAGCCUAACAAUAUACUGUUGGAUGAAGAUAUGGUUGCACAUGUUGCUGAUUUUGGAAUAGCCAAGCUCUUAGGAGAUGAGGAUCUUAUAAAGCGAACCAUGACCCUUGCUACUAUUGGGUAUAUGGCACCAGAGUAUGGAUCCGAAGGGAUUGUUUCUGCAAGAGGCGAUGUGUAUAGCUAUGGCAUUUUACUUAUGGAAACUUUCACGCGAAAGAAGCCUACAGAUAACAUGUUUGUUGAAGAGAUGAACUUGAAGCGCUGGGUCGAGGAAUCUCUAGCUCUCUCCAUAGUCGAAAUCAUUGAUGCCAGUUUGUUGGGAGACGAAAGAUAUGAUGCAGCCACAAUGGACUCCGUAUCAUCUAUCAUGGGACUAGCUUUGGACUGUUGCGUAGAUUCACCUGAAGAAAGGAUCAUUACAAGAAGUAUUCCAAUAGCACUCAACAAGAUCAAAUCCAAGUUUCUGCAAGAUCUUCAAAGAACAGCCUGA